AUGACCGAUUCCGCCUCCCAGCUUGCAAGUGAGGCAAAAUCAACCCACCAAAGUCUGAAAGAGCUUCUCAAAGCUCACCUUCCAUGGGAUAGAGAGGUUGAGUUUCAAAGGAAGAGUCUCCGACGUCUGUAUCUUCGCCUAUUAUUCGUCGAGCCAUACACCAAGGAAUCUAAAGAUGCCGAAACUCAUCUUUGGAUGCAGACAUCUUAUCAAUUUAUUUCUAACUACAAACAGAACGUCGCAACUCUCGAUCGAACGCUGCAAUCUGCACCCCGCCAUCAGCCCAGGCAGAGUAAUCAUGGCCCGGUGGAGUAUCGCAAACUGAUGCAACGAUUCCGCCAGUUUCUUGCUGAAGAAGAGAAAUUUUGGACACAACUGGUAGCUCGAUACCAGCGAUCCUUUGCACUUCACGAAGCACAGCAUAUACUUUCUACCUUAAACAUUACGAUUCCAGAUGACCUUGGUACUCCCAAUGGCUCCAUUGGGGGACACGAAGGUGUCCCAAACUCUAGUUUUGGUCGCAACCAAUUUCAAUUUCCCAUCGAAGGCAAUACGCCUUCUCCUACGAGCUCUGCCGAACGUGAAAUUAAUCUCGCGAUUCUGAGCAAGGCGAUAGUAUGCUUAGGUGACAUGGCACGAUAUCGGGAGCUUUACAACGAAGGUGGAGGGCGUCCGCGAGCCGGUCAGGAAGACGGCUCAGGGCCAGCUAGGCGGGGCGGCCGCAACAGAAGAGGCGGCGCUAUGAGCUAUGAUUCCAUACCACGCGCCAGAAACUACGACAAAGCUGUUCAGUGCUACGAUCAAGCGCGCCUUUUGGUCCCUUCGGAGGGCAAUCCAUCACAUCAGCUGGCCAUUCUCGCUUUCUAUCAGAAUGACAUGUUCAGCUCGCUUCUCCAUUACUAUAGAGCGCUUUGCGUUCGUCAGCCUUAUGACACUGCAUCCGAGAAUGUCAAGAAAAUUCUCAAUAAAUCGCUCGAUCAGCAAGCGAAGAGGACACGGGAAGGGGCACAAAUGGCUCCCGAUCUUGGUGAUUUACCACCACGCUUGAGAGUCGAGUCCUUUAAGGAGAAAGUUGUGCUAUUGCACGCACUAUGGCGAUUAGGUUCAGAUAAAUCAAGGUUAAAUCCCAUUGUGCAUGCAGCAGAUGUCGUCAAGGAUUUCACGGCUCUUGUUUCAGAGCGCGUUCUUCCAAUUGAUGCCGUGACCAAGGUCAUCGUUCUCUCAGAGGGAGCACUUUGGAAACAUCGCAUGAUCCGGGACACAUCUCCACCUUCGAAUAGGAGAUCCGGAGGGAUUCCUGACCCAGCUACUGUCGAAUCCCAGAUUCUGAAGCAUGUUCUUGGCAUUCACCAGUCUCUCCUGGAGAUCGGCGCUAAGGAACUUGGCUUUCCACCAGAAGAUGCAGCUGAAAAUGACCUUGCGCAGCGCAUCACUGCGGCAUUCAGGCGCACUCUACCCGCAUUGCGUGUUGCGAGCAAGUGGUUGUUAGCAAAUCUCAAGUAUGUGGCGCAUGCCACACCCCCUACGGGGUCAACCCAGGUCGAGGAAACUCCAGGGGUAUUCGUCUCAAAUAUGCCAGUCUUUUGGCAGCAUUUUUUGCUUUUUUACAACGCCCUAUACAAGCUAUUCCCAAUAGAGAAGCUACCUUCGUUGCUCUCUCCGCUGGAUGAGGACAUCGACCUUAGGGGCUUUCUUCCACUGCGAAGCCUCAUGAUUGGCGAUACUCCCAAGAUUGUGGAUGCUGAUAUGCACAAGGGGAAUGGAUCGGCCACCAUUGGGCCGCAGGGCCGCGAGAGCGUUCACCCAAACGAAGAACAAUUGAUGAGGAUAUCUGAUUUGCUCAAAGACCUCAAGAAUCUCGCGGAAUCACCAGAUUCUCCAAUCCACCUGCGUGGUGAUAAUUUCGUGCUUGAAAUCACUGCCACUGCACCUGAUGCUCAAUCUCAGGCAAAGGCAAUUGGUGCAGAGGCUGUAAAGAUGCCUGUUACACCUAUAGUCUUAUGUCCUGAUGUUCUUGACUUGAUGCCACUGGAGACUUGUGCGGAGGACGAUGCUAUAACCGAUACAGGGCAUGCCGACAACGAUGAUCCGGUUGAAGACGCAUUCAGAACUGUACUUAACGCCGAGUCACAAGAUGAAGAUGAAGAACUGGAUGAUGACGUCGUAGUUUGGGAUCCAAGAGCCUCCACUUCGCCGCCGGGAGUAGUAUCGGCCCUGCCAACGACACCUGUAUUGUCGUCAAACAUGAUAAACAGCAACUUCAUGAGCCCUAGUACAUCCGUUGUGUCCUCAGGUCGUGCGGCCCCAACAUCGCCGCCUUCUGCCUUCACAGGAACAACAGCCCAGGAUAUACUAAACAGUUUCUCCCAAGCUGGUGGUGAUGUUGCACGAUCUCCCCGCCGUCAGUCUAUCGCACCUCCAUCUCAAUUUCUUUUCGGCUCUGGGCCCUCGAACGCUCCACUUUCUAUAUGGUCAAGGACUCUUGAUCAGAACCCGCCAGAUCUCAGUCCUAGACCCUUGUUGACCAACCAGGCACUGCCUGCUUACGGUGUUGAGCACAAUUUAUCGACGCCAAGCAACCGAGCUAUACACUCCGCUAACCGACCUCCGCCCAUGUCUCCUUUUGCACAUUCACAGUCCCUGUGGUCAUCUUCCUUUGAGUUUACGCACGAUCCAUCAAACAUUCACACGAGUCACUCCGCCUCACGAUCAUCCGGUCCCGGGCAUCGCCACUCAGCUAGUACAAUUCAGAGCUCGCCUUCAUAUCAGACUGCAUUAAAUGCAGUGAAUCAUCAACCGUUUGCGUACCCACAGGAGUCACUCUACUUGAAUGCGGAGAUGGCUCCCGCUGCUCUUCCACCACAAUCGGGGCUGCACUUUCAACAGGGUGGAUUCAACCUCUCCCCUGCAGUGCCUUUGCCGCCGCCGCAGUAUCCUCGGCCGAUGCAGCAUUACCCGACUUCGUCCAUUUGGGGAAACACUGGGUGA